GUGGCGCUAACGCACUCGCUAGCGGGUUAGCCGGCCCUUACCGAACAGAAGAAGAGCAAUGUCACAUCCGUAAACACAAGGCAUGUUGAGAUUGUGUGCCGGGUUUUUAUUGUUCAUAUCGUUUUUACCCACAUUAUUUAUUCAUCCUGGAUGUAUACGAUGUCUCAUACUAAAUCCACCUGUGCGACCUCUUCUGAUAUGAAAAGCCCUUGUUUGGGUGAGAGUAGGGAAGAUGGUAGAGAGGACUCUGCCGACAAAAACACUAAAUGUGCGAGCGGUGACUGCAUCGGUCCAGACAGCAGUGUGAGGGAGCGUGUCUUAAAGGAGGUAGGACUCACCAGCACAACAUUCAUUGGUCCGGCAUUUCCCCCAGGAACAGCCACAGUCAAGUCUGACAUUGAAGACACACUGAGUGAGUUUUACAAAGAGCUCGAGAAGAUCGAUACACCUGAUGGUGCUAAUGGUAACCCAGGGCAACGAGAUGAAGGUUUUUUCCAACCACCCACGCCUCCUCAAAUGUCUGCCGGCAAACGCGCUCAGAACGUAAGCCAGGGGAAGAUUGUUAAUGCAAGCAAAUCUGCAGAAACAGACCGCGACCGGAAAGGCAGUGGGCAGAAACAGCCGUGCUGGCCGCACUGGUAUCAGAAUGAGCCUUACUACCCCAGAAGGCUGCGGCCACACAUGCACCUGAGCUCUGGUAGAGCUGUUCCCACUCAAAAUCAGUGGCGUUAUCCUCAACCGCCGAACAGUACACCAAAUCCAAGGGUACACAAGCCCCCGAUCCAUCAUCCACCACUCCCAUCUGAAUUUCCAGAUCCACAAAGCCCGGCACCACACUUGAAUCCCGACUGGAGCGGUCUGGGCAUGGCAAAGCAGUAUCGAGAGGAGUCGCAUUUUCCAGCGUUUUCUAGCUUCCCGUCUCCAAAUGUAUACAGUCCCCCCACUCAGGGCUAUUAUGGAGAUUAUCCACAUCACUUUGACAGGGACAAACGGGGUUGUACAUACGACCCGUACUCAGAUAAUGUAAAUAUAGGAUGGUCUAGAGACAGAGAAGAAGAAGAAUGGUCUCAGUUUGGUGACGAUAAUGACAGGCGACAGAGAUUUGUUUCAGAAAAUGAACUCUGGGAGCAACAGCACCACAGCAGACCCCCCGAUAACGCUCGUGCAUACGAAACUUCCUUUGCGCUGAUCUUGAUGAGGGGAUUGCCAGGAUCUGGGAAAUCAACACUGGCCAGGGAGCUGCUCUCCACCGGUCCCAGUGGGCUCAUACUGAGCACAGAUGACUACUUUGCUCACAGGGAUGGCUACUGCUAUGAACCAGACCUUCUUGGAGUGGCACAUGAAUGGAACCAGAGAAGAGCUGAGGAUGCUAUGCAUGAUGGCCGGUCCCCAAUUAUUAUUGAUAAUACAAACAUUCAAGCCUGGGAAAUGAAGCCAUAUGUCAAAAUGGCCUUGGAGAGAGGAUACCGAGUGGACUUUUGUGAGCCCGACACCAGCUGGAAGUUUGAUCUUUAUGAGCUUGAGAGGAGGAACAAGCACGGCGUUCCCCAGGAGAAGAUCGCACAGAUGCUGGAUCGCUUCUCGUUUCCCAUAUCCAUAGACAUUGUCAUGAGCUCACGAGAGCCGCCCCACGUGAACCAGAGGCAUCCACCCGAGUGGCCACAGACAGUGAGGAGAAACAGAGAUUUCCAUUAGUCAGUACAGGGAUUUAGCCAGCCAAAUAAUUUGCCUUGAACAACAUUUUUGUAAUGGUGUAAAUAUUGUUUCUACAUGAUUUUUAAUACAUCAUUUUGUGUGCUGUAAAUUUAUGUGAGGGGAGAACAAAUAUAUUUUCACUAAAU